UCUCAAACCGCCAUCCCACAAACAUGGAUCAGGUAAUACAGUUUGUUGAGCCAAGUCGGCAGUUUGUAAAGGACUCGAUUCGGCUGGUUAAAAGAUGUACCAAACCCGACAGAAAAGAAUUCCAGAAGAUUGCCAUGGCCACAGCGAUAGGAUUUGCUAUCAUGGGAUUCAUUGGCUUCUUUGUGAAACUGAUCCAUAUCCCUAUUAACAACUUUAUUGUGGGUGGCUGAGUCCUUUCUCAUCAUGGGUCAAGUGAACCAAUCAGGGGGGACAAGCUCAUGAAGUAAAACCUUGCGUGGAUACUUUGUGGUUUUGUUUCUUUCCAUCUUCCUAUGAGGUUUUUUAUUUCUAAAUUAAAAUAAUUUCAAAAUAAACACUUUUUCCAUAACAGA